AAGUUUUGGUGUUUCUCUCUUUCUCCUGUCAAUCUAAGAUCCUCCUGUAUUGCUUUGUUGGCCAUUUCCCUGGUUCUGACGACUUAAUACGCUUAUGAAGUUCUUCUCUUCCUGCGAUUUUUAGUCAGGAAGGAGUCGAACUAAGAUUUGAGAUGGAGAUAUCAGCUCUUCUUACAUCUGCUGGGAUUAAUAUUUCGAUAUGCAUAGUGCUUUUAUCACUUUAUUCCAUACUUAGGAAACAACCAUCCAAUUACUGUGUAUAUUUUGGCCGAAGGCUUGUUUGUGGUGGGGCUAGACGUUAUGAUCCUUUUUGGUAUGAGAGGUUUGUGCCAUCUCCAAGUUGGUUAGUGAAAGCAUGGGAAACUAGUGAAGAUGAGUUAUUAGCUGCUGCUGGUCUUGAUGCUGUGGUCUUCCUUAGGAUGGUCCUUUUCAGCAUUCGUAUUUUCUUUAUAGUUGCUGUUAUUUGCAUCGCCUUUGUGCUGCCUGUUAAUUAUUAUGGGCAACCGAUGGUGCAUAAGGAAAUCCAUUUGGAGUCAUCCGAAGUGUUCACAAUCGAAAAUCUUAAAGAAGGCUCCAAAUGGCUGUGGGUUCAUUGUCUUGCACUGUACAUUAUAACCUCAGCGGCAUGUCUUCUUCUUUAUUUUGAGUAUAGGACCAUAGCUAAAAUGAGGCUUGGACAUAUUACUGGAUGUGCCUCAAAGCCAAGUCAAUUUACCGUUCUUAUCCGUGCUAUUCCAUGGUCUCCUGAGCAAUCUUACAGCGACACACUGAGCAAAUUCUUCACAAAUUACUAUUCAUCAAGCUAUGUGUCCCACCAAAUGGUCUACCAUAAUGGCAUCAUUCAGAGACUGUUGCGUGAGGCGGAGAGGAUGUGCCAGACUCUAAAACACGUUUCUCCUGAAAUCAAUUGCGGACAGUGUGAAAGGAAUGGAGCUUGGUGAGUUGACUAUGACUACGACAGAGCAAGAACGUCCAGCUGCUUUUGUGUUUUUCAAAACACGCUAUGAUGCUCUUGUUGUUUCAGAGGUUCUACAAUCAUCAAAUCCUAUGCUAUGGGUGACAGACUUAGCUCCAGAACCUCACGAUGUGUAUUGGAAG